CAGCACCAUGCCCGUGAAUGCCCCAUCGGGAUUAUGGAUGACAGCUCGGACAUCACCAGUCUGGCUCUGGAGCUGUCGGACCUGGAAGUAGCUCUUUUCCUCUGUCUGGCGGUCCACGAGCACUGUCGCAUCGAGGCGACCGACGCCAACAUCCAUGACGUCGCAAAGGAGCUCGCGCUGAUAUGCACCAACACCUUCGGGCUCUCUUACACGAUCCUGGACUGUUCGAGCGCUACGUCCUACGAUGACUUUUGCGCCGAGCUGCUCCCCCCAGACAUCGUCAAGGGCCAUGUUCGCCCUUCACGCUCGCGCAUGACCACGGAGUCGUCGGUGACUCUUUCCUCCAUGCAGGACUCGCGAGACCUCAGGGGCCGCUUCAGGUCCGCCACCAUCGAGCCCAAGCGAGAGAUCGUCAACGUGGUCAUCGCCAAGAACUUCAACCACGUCAACGACGAUAUCCAGCGUCAGGCUCUUGAGUUGAUGCACUCCAAGCGACUAGCCACCCAGGCGGGGAUCUUGGAAGCGCCGGCGGAAUUCCUCUUCGUGCCGCUUACGGUGCGCACUGCAAAACAGAACCAGAACCAAACUGGAUUGAAUCCGCAUCUAAAUGACUAUAUAUUCAUCUCACACUUCCAUGACACCGAGGACGGGUUCGCCUAUCUGGAAGAAAACGCCGACUGGCUGUCCGAUGGCCAGAUGUCGGCGUCGUCGGUCAUCCGCAAAUUGGAGACUCCAAUCAAGAAGAGUCAUCCGGGUAUAGACCGUCAGACACUGGACCAUCUCCAACAACUCAGCAACGCUGUUACAGUCGGCGCAGACAUCGCCCGGUACCAGCAGGACAUCACGGUGUUUCUGCGGCUCAGUCGCGCAGUCUCCGGGGGGAUCUCCACGCGAUCGAACCUCCACUUCAAGGCGUUUUCGAAACUUCUUGCCGUAUUGCACGGGAUCGACUACCUCACGCCUUCCAUCGUGGCGCUGGCCGCGAAGAAAGUCUUCCGCCAUCGGAUCAUUGUGGCAAGCCCCGAGGAAGAUCGCAGCUUGCAGUACGGGAGUGAUUUCAAAGCCGUGUCGCAGGUGCUGGAGUAUGCCAACCCAGACUCGAUAUUAGACGGAGUGCUCACGCUGGAGGCGCCUUUAUAACAACUGUUCGUCUCUUACGCAUGCUUCGAUAAUGGCCCAGUCCGGUAUAUACAUGUUUCACAUAAAAAUUCCAUCGUUAGCGGCAUAAAUCUACGAACCCACUCCCCCACAGCCUCGUUGAACCCCCUCAGCGGUCAGUUUGAAGACAAUACGAACCCAACCCCUACUACCUAUCAUCAUCAGGA